GCAUUGCUAAUGAGAGACCCAGCCAAAGGGCUGACUGUGAGCUCUAUCUAAAACCUCGGAUGCUGUGUGUGGUUGAGAAGCCCGGGGAUUUUCUUUUCAGUGGUUUUAUCCCAUAACUGUGUUCAUUUGAAUCUGAGCACACAAGGAACAGUCACCCUUGUAAGAUGCCAUCAUAGUGAAGACCGUCACUUUGGUUUCAGUCCAGGGAGAAAGAGUUCACUGAAAUGAGCAUUGUGAAGAAACUCAGUUUGAUGGUACCUUGGCGUGCUCUCUCCCUUCCUAUACUGCUGGUUUCAUUACGAGGAUACGUUUGUGCGUCAUCUGUCCUGUCAGAAACAUCAGAAAGUGAGUUCUAUGAAAAUGAACAGAGAAGGGCUCUGUUAGCAGUACAGUUUGAAGCAACCUCUCCGAGAUAUUUUUUCCACGAAGCUAUUAAUUGGGGUGAGAGUAAAAUAAAAGGUUCAUGUCCUCAUGAAUGCCUUAACGGGGCUUUCUGUUCUAAGACGGGUACGUGUGACUGUCAAAUAUUCCAGGCUCUCGGGACAAGGUGCCAGAUUGUGCCAAACAUGGGAAGUGGCAGAGAUGGGAUUUGCAAAACCUGGGGACAGUAUCACUUUGAAACAUUUGAUGGAAUCUACUAUUAUUUCCCAGGAAGUUGUUCUUAUAUAUUUGCAAAGGACUGUGGUAAUUUGGAGCCUCAGUACACAGUAUGGGUCCAUAAUAGCCCAAAGUGCCUUGGUUCCGUGUAUUCUUGUUACCGCUCCAUCAGCUUAUUUUUUUCAAACCAAGAGGAAAUUAGAAUCUAUGGACAUGAAAUAAGAAAAAAUGGGAUCAGUUUAUCUCUGCCUCAGACACUUGGGCAGGUGCACUUAGAGAAGGUAGCUGACUACAUUCUGGUGAAGACGACCUUUGGAUUUUCUUUGGCUUGGGAUGGAAUAUCGGGAAUUUACCUCAAACUCUCGGAGGAGCACAGAGGGAAAUCAUGUGGCUUGUGUGCAAAUUAUAAUGGCAUCCAGUCAGACGACUUUGUGAUCCUGCAAGAGGACUACACAGAAGACAUUGCUAUGUUUGCAAAUAGCUGGCUGGUGCUAACUCCAGAUGAUACUAAAUGUGUACCUACGCCCUCAGACUUUCCAAAUCCAUGUUCCAGUGGAAUGCCAGCAUUUGAGGCAAUCUUCUUCAAAUGCCAGAUAUUGUUACAGUUCCCCUUUCUGAGCUGCCACGAAUACAUUGAUCCAUACUUAUACAUUGCCAGCUGUGUUAAUGACCUGUGCAAAACUGAUGACGAUGAAACUUACUGUCGAGCAGCCACAGAGUACGCUAGAGCCUGUUCCCACGCCGGCUUCCCCAUUCAAGACUGGAGGGAUGACUUUCCAGCAUGCACUGAUAAAUGUGACGAUAGCUUCGUCCACCGGGACUGUAUCAGUUGUUGCCCUCCGAGCUGCACAUUUGAGAAGCAGUGUCUUGGGAGCAAUCUUCACUGCCUUGAUGGAUGCUAUUGUGCAGACGGCCUCAUAAUGGACAAUGGAACUUGCAUCUCUUUGGAGAGCUGCCCUUGUAGUUUUCACGGAUUAGCUUAUUCAGUUGGUUCAAAAAUCGAACAAGAGUGCACUGAAUGUGUAUGUGUUGGUGGAGUUUGGAACUGCACCGAACAUGACUGUCCAGUUCAGUGUUCUGUUGUGGGUGACUCUCAUUUCACCACCUUUGAUGGGCGUCAUUACUCUUUUAUUGGCUUGUGUCAGUACAUCCUUGUGAAAGGAACUGGAAAAGAUAGAUUCACGAUCACUUUGCAGAAGGCUCACUGUGAACAGAACCUGGGUUUGGUCUGCCUUCAGUCCAUAACUCUAAUACUGGAGGAUGACUUUAACAAACAAGUGACGCUCAGCAGAGGAGGCCAGAUUGUCACCAGUCCCAACCAAGGCUUCACCCUGAACGGCAUUGUUGAAAUUCAAACCCUGUCAUCCUUAUUCAUUCUCCUAAGAACCACCUUUGGUUUAAAGAUCUUGUUCGCUAUUGAUGGAGAAAGAAUUUACAUUCAGCUUUCCAGUGCCUGGAAAAGAAGGACAUUAGGUCUGUGCGGCACCUUUAAUGGCAACAUUAGGGAUGAUUUUCUUUCUCCAUCAGGCAUGAUCGAAGGAACCCCACAGCUCCACGCACAUGCGUGGAGAGUCUCCUCCACGUGUUUCGCGCCUGUCCAUGUCCCGAUGGUGGAUCCCUGCAAUAUUAACCAACAGAACAUUGGGUAUGCAGCACACUGUGAUGUCAUCCACCAGGAGCUCUUUGCUCCUUGCCAUGUCUACGUCAGUCCCGGGCUGUACUACCAGUUGUGUCGCCACGAUGCCUGCAAAUGUGGGAGCCCCUGCCUGUGUAACGCUCUCGCCCACUACGCCUACCUGUGUGGUCAGCGUGGUGUGCCCAUUGAUUUCAGAGCUCACAUCUCCUUCUGUGCUGUGGUGUGUCAGAAGGGCAUGCUGUACCACCACUGCUCGUCACUCUGCCUCCGCUCCUGCACCUCUCUCUCCUCCCCUGAGCAGUGCAAAGACGACUGUGCUGAAGGGUGCAACUGUCCUGAAGGCAAAUUCUAUGAAGAGACACUUAACUUUUGUGUGCCCAUAUAUCACUGCCGGUGUCAUUAUAGGGGGAGCAUUUACCAGCCAGGGGAGCUCAUUCCAACCCCCUCAGGCUUAUGCCAGUGUUCAAAUGGGACUGUGAAAUGUGAUGAGCUAGCAACACCCUCUACUGUCCACGCCUGCCCAGAAGGGAAGGAAUAUUUUGACUGCAGGUUUCCUGACCCUGCGUUACCAGCUGGUGGUAUAAACUGCGAGACGACGUGCGCAAACCUGGCCAUGAACUUCACCUGUGCUCCAUCCUCGCCUUGCAUCAGUGGCUGCGUUUGUGCUGCAGGAAUGGCAGAACACAAAGGAAAAUGCUAUGUUCCCGAAAGCUGUCCCUGCAUCUGGAAGGACUGGGAGUACAGCUCAGGGGAGGUCAUCUCUACACCGUGUUACACCUGUGUUUGUCGGCGGGGGAUGUUCAAUUGCACAUAUUAUCCAUGUCCUGCAGUAUGCACAGUAUAUGGGGACCGGCAUUAUCACUCCUUUGAUGGAUUGGAAUAUGACUAUAUCAGCGAUUGCCAAGUGUUUUUGAUAAAGAGUACAGACGAUUCUGAUAUAUCUGUGAUUUCCCAAAACAAGAAAUGCUUUGACAAUGAUAUUGUUUGUUCUAAAAGUGUUUUGAUAUCAAUUGGAGACACUGAAAUAUACCUCAAUGAUGCUCCUUACAAACAGAAGCGAUCAGGGUUUUUCCUGGAAAGCAGACCUGAGUACCAGCUCUGGAAGGCUGGGUUCUACAUAGUAAUAUACUUCCCGGAGGAAGAUAUCACCAUUCUGUGGGAUGAGAAGACAACCAUCCACAUCAAAGUCGGGCCACAGUGGAAGAACAAGCUGGCAGGAUUGUGUGGUAACUUUGACAAAUGUACUUCCAAUGACAUGACAACAUCUAAUAACAUUGAAGUGCGAAAUGCUCAGGUGUUUGGAGACAGCUGGGCCUUAGGACAGUGUGAAGAUCUUAUGGAGGCCCUGAAGCCCUGCGAGGCACACCAAAACAAAUUUCCCUAUGCCAAGAGAGAAUGUUCCAUUUUGUACAGUGAUGUUUUUGCUCCUUGUCGCAAUGUGAUUGACGUCACCUCUUUUGCCAAGAACUGCCAUGAAGACACGUGUAACUGUAACCUGGGUGGGGACUGUGAAUGCCUAUGUACCAGUGUGGCCGCAUACGCUUACAAAUGCUGCCAGGAAGGGGUGCCUGUUCACUGGAGGUCACCCACUGUCUGUGCCCUUGACUGUGAAUAUUAUAAUCAAGGGCUUGGGGAAGGACCUUAUAUGCUGGCAAGUUAUGGGCAAAGUGGCCUUGUUCUUGGUGCCAAUAUGACCAGUAGAAGCGUUUUCUCUUUGCCCAGAAGCAACAAUCGUGGUAAUUUAUUUUUUAUUUUUAUGAUCACUCCGGGCCUUUUCAAAGAGAAGACAUCCUCAUUGGCUCUUGUUUCCUUGGAAUCUGCUGAAAGGCCCAACUACUUUCUCUAUGUCCACGACAAUGACACUCUUAGCUUGAAGCUGUGGCGGGCAAACUCAGAAUUUCAUCAGAGAGCAACAUUUUUCCACCACCAAGGCCUCUGGAUUCCUGGCUACAGUGCAUUCGAAUUAUACAGCAAGAAAGGCUACUUCAUCGUUUUUAUGGGUUCCAGUGUCAAAGCGUCAAAAUACGAUGACUCGGAAGAAUUCAAGCAGUCAAGUAGCUUUAGCAUAGAAGAAAUCCAGGCAGUGGUCCCUUACAGGAGGAUGUGCGAGUGGAGAUACGAACCUUGUGCUACUCCGUGUUUUAAAACAUGCAGUGAUCCAGAGGCCUUAGCCUGUACAUUCCUUCCACCGGUUGAAGGAUGCUUGCCAUAUUGCCCCAAGAAUAUGAUCCUGGAUGAGACGACUCUUAAAUGUGUUCACCCAGAAGACUGCAUACCACUGUUUCCAACAGAACCAGCAUUGCCACCAGACAUUACCCCAUCAGACAUGACACCGACCCCAGGUUUGGAAUGCGAGCCUCAACAAUUUGAUCCUGUUUAUAACUGUAGCCAAUAUAUCUGCCUUAACAUGGAGUGGACCUUCUACAACUGGUCUCUGAAUUGCCCGAAGGACUUGGAAAUGCCCGACUGUGGGUUCCGAGGCUGGCCUGUUCAAGUGAAUACUGAUAUAUGCUGUCCGGAGUGGGAAUGCCCCUGUCGGUGCUCCAUGUUGUCAGAGUUGAGCAUCAUUACAUUUGAUGGGAACAGUGCAGCACUAUCUAGUAUGGCUUCUUACAUCUUAGUAAGAGUCCCCGGGGAAAUUGUAGUUGUUCACAUUGACAAAUGUUCCAUGAAUCAGAAUGGACAUGCCCUUAAAAAACCAGCUUCUUUUGGACGAAUCUCAGGACUUUGUUUUAAGAAGCUAAAUGUGACAACAUCUAUACAUAAAAUACUUAUCAACAGAGUGGUAAGAAAGGUAGACGUGGAUUCUAUUGUUGUGCCUUUGCCCUUUUCAAGUCAUGAGCUGUUCAUAGAAGAUUCUGGAACAAUGUAUGUGAUUACUACUCCUGCUGGCUUAAUCAUAAAGUGGGCUCACCUUACAGGAAUCAUAGACAUUCACUUCGGCCCCCAGUUUAACUUGUCAUCUUACACAGAAGGGCUUUGUGGGAUUUGCAAUGACAAUCCAGAUGAUGACCUCAGGAUGCAGAAUGGCACCAUCAUUACCAACAUGGAAGACAUAGAGUUAUUUAUUGGCAGCUGGGAAAUUGAGAAAUCAUUUGAAGUGACAAUGAGAAGACCUGUGAGGAACUGUACUGAAUAUGACUGCAGUCAUUGCAUCGAGUUAUUGAACAGAGAAGGUUUCAUUCCAUGCCAUGACAAAGUCUCACCAAGGGACUUUUGUGAAAAAAUGUGGAUCAACUACACCUACUUCUGGAGCUACGAAUGUGAUGCAAUCUCUGCAUAUGUGGCUUUGUGCAACAAAUUUGAUAUCUGCAUUCAGUGGCGCACCCCUGACUAUUGCCCUCUGAGUUGUCCAGAGGGAAAGGAAUAUCAGCCCUGUGUGAGACCAUGUGAAGCAAGAACAUGUCUCAACAAAUGGUUCUAUGGACACUCCUCAUGUCUGAAUUUGAGAGAAGACUGUGUGUGCAAGAAUGGAACCAUUCUUCACCGGCCAGAUAAAACACUAUGCAUCCCAGAGCAAGAAUGUGUGUGCACUGACAGAGAGGAGCACCCCCGCAGUGCUGGGGAGAUUUGGAAUGGUGGCAUAGAUGAAUGCACCCUCUACAAAUGUCUGGAGGAUGGAAACAUUAUUCCUAUAGAGCCUGUCUGUGAAGAAGAGCCUUCCCCCAUCUGUGAACGAACAGCUGAAGUGGUCAUAGGCAUUGUUGAUAAGCUGACCUGCUGUUCUAAAAAAGUCUGUGGCUGUGACAUGAGUUUGUGUGACAGGACCAUCCCACCAUGCACAAAUAGCCAGAAGUUGAUCGUUGGCUAUAGUGCUCUUUCUUGUUGCCCACAGUAUGAAUGUGAAUGUGAUACGGUGAGAUGUCCUGAUAUUUCAACGCCAGUUUGCAGAGAUGACCAGUUUGUGCUUCAAGUUCGACAGGGAGAGCCUUGCUGUUUCUACCCUUCCUGCGUUUGUAAGACAUGCACUGAACCAACUCCACAAUGUACCGAUGGGGAAUUCCUCACUGUUAAUAUCAAUACUACACAUUUAUGCUGUCCUCAGUACUACUGCGUUUGUGAGCCAGAUCUUUGCCCUCCACCAUCACUUGAGUGUGCAAAAGAUAUGAACCUGGUGAAAGAAAAUGUAUCUGGACAAUGUUGCCCAAACUGGCGUUGCGAAUGCAACUGUGAGACUCUUGUCAUGCCAACCUGUGACGUGGGAGAAUUUGCUGCAAUAGAUCAAAACUUUCAGACUGACUGUGGCUGUGUACAGUAUCUCUGUGAAAAGGAUGAUGUGUGUGUGUUCCAAGAAGUAUCAGUAUUGAAUCCUGGGCAAUCUCUAAUAAAGUAUUUAGAAGAGGAAUUUUGUUAUAUAAUCGAAUGUCUGGAUGAAAAAGAUAACUAUACCGACUUUCAUACUUUGAAUGUUACAAUGGUGAACUGUUCAAAAGACUGUGAUGCUCACCAGAUAUACAUUCCAUCCUCCAGUGAUUAUGAUUGCUGUGGAACAUGUAAAAAUAUAUCCUGCAAAUUUAUUAUGGAAAAUGGAACAUCAGUUAUAUAUGAGGAGGGGAGCACCUGGCACUAUAACUGCAGCACGUACGAAUGUGUUAACACUGAGGAGGGAGCAACGAUUCUAAACUACAGCAUGGUUUGCCCUCCUUUUAAUGAAACUGAAUGCAAACUGAAUGAAGGGAUUGUGAAGCUUUAUAAUGAAGGCUGUUGCAAGAUCUGCAAACGAGAAGAGCGAAUAUGCCAGAAAGUGAUCAUUAAAUCCAUCAUAAAGAAACAGGACUGUGUAAGCCAAAGCUCUAUUAGUGUGGCAUCUUGUGAUGGGAAAUGCCCGUCAGCUACCAUAUAUAACAUCAAUGUUGAAAGUCACCUGAGGUUCUGCAAGUGCUGUCGUGAAAAUGGAGUGCGAAACGUGACGGUGCCUCUGCACUGCUCAGGAAAUGGCACUGAAGUAAUGUACACACUCCAGGAGCCGAUAGACUGCACAUGCCAGUGGAACUGAGUGCUAGCAUUCGAAGGAGGCUGCACGACAGUAACAUGUCAGGCAGCGUCAUCUUUCAUCACUGUUAUUUAGGCACAUGGCAGACUUGCACCCUAUAAUGUGUCUUUACCACUCUUAUGAUUUGAAAACCUAACAGUGGACUUGAAAUAUGUAUAGUUUUAAUGGAAAAAAUUAGAUUUGUUGUUUUAUUUUAGUGAAUUAAAUUAUUGUAAGUUGUUUAGCGGAAAUGCUGUCACAUUUAAAGCUGUAGGGUAGGACAAAUUAAGUCUUAGUGUAAAGUAGAAGCUUGUGCUGCAGAAUGCUUUCCAUUCAGUCCCUUGUGCCCUGGUUUUGGUUUUGGUUUUGUUUGUUUUGAUUUGCAAAGUCUUCCGAUGCUGUCCAAACUGAGGAAGACUUUAAUUUUUCUUUCCUAGUCUUAUCAAUGUGAUUAGUUGUAAUUGGCUCAUAGAUAAUCAUAGUGAGUUGUGUUUCUUAGAAACAGAACAUAGAAUUGUAGGAUGUUGGCUUAGUUAACACCUCAAAAAAUAUUAGGAAUGCUAUUGCAAAUUCCCCUAAUUAUUAUUAUUUUUUACAUGUGAUGGUACCAUAACAUUUCUGGGACUUCUACAGCAAUGUAGCAACAAUGUGGCGAGUUUACGUUAAGGACUAGACUCCUUUCUAGAUAUUUUGGGUUCUGGUUUCAUGAUCGUUUAUUGUAAAUGAUAUAGCAAGGUGAUUUUUAAAAAGUCACAGAAUCUUCCAUUACUAGAAAGCACUGGAUAGGAUUAAAACGUUUUUAAGACCAAUAUCCCUUUAGAAUGCUCAUGCAUACAAUAAUAGUUAUUUCAAUUUUAAGGGAAAGAAAACCAUAGUGUCGUUCAUUAUUUAGAGGAAGACCAGGAGCUAUAUUUUUAUACCAUUAAAAUUAUUAAUUAUAUUGUUAUUAUUUAACAUUUAGUUUAGUUAAUGUUUAUCACUGGGGACGGUUUCUAAAUAUAUCAGUACACUAUGAAACCUGAGGGCAACUUUGCCAUUAAAACUGCUGCUUUGUCAGUGCAGGGACAUACAGUUAUCUGAACGUAUUCAUAACGUUAGAAUGGAAUGCCGCUCUCUGAAACUACAGAAAAUCAUUGACAUUUGCAAAUAACUUGCUCUGAGAUCUUUGCAAAUUUCCAAAGUCUUUCUACCAGGGAGUAUAGAAUUAUUUGAGUUUCUUCCGUAGUAAAACGAGAGUGCCUUAGUGUGGUUAUGAUCAUCAAUGAAGGUCAGUGUCAAUAAAAGCACAUUAAAACUUCAUCGACAAGCCAAUGCUUGGAUUUUAAUAGGCUAGUGCCGACUUGAGCUAUGUGACUUGUUUUCAAACAUUAAUGUUUCCAUUUAAAAAUUAUGCUUCUAAGAAAUACUGUAGUUAUGAAGUGUUUGGAUUUCCAAGGUCUCUUAAUAAUGUGUAAAAGUAUUACCUGGAAUGUCCUGAUGUCUACUCUACAUGAAAAUGAUUUACAUUGUCUGUUUUAAUACUGGCAUUUUCUCUAGAUAUAAACAUUUUUGCGUCUGUGAUUAUUAGCAUAUUGAUGGAGUUGGACAUUCUUGUCUAAAUACAUUAACAUUUUACAUAAAGACAUCAUGUAUCUCAAUCAGAAAUUUGUAAUAUAUGUUACCUAUCACUUUCCUGUAAAUUCUACUCUCUGUGGACUAUCUAUUAUUAAAUAUUAACUGAUCUUUAAAUCAAUUUGUGGGGAGAAGAGAAAUAUUCUUCUGCUAUUUUAUAAACAACAAAUAAAAUAAAUACAUGUUGAAGUUC